CUCCGCUUCCUGCCGUCACGCCCACCGCUCCGUGCUGGGGAAAAAAAAUCAGGGGGAGGAGGAUCGACGGCUCAGCAGCUGCAAGUGCUGCAGUGUGAGCGCAGCAGGGGGACUCGGACACGAAGACAGAAACACACUGACAUAGACGAACACACGCACGCACACACACAUAAUAUCAUCAGCUUUAUUUAUUCCCGGUGAGGGAAUGGAGAGACCUGCAGCCGCAGCAGCGGCAGCAGCAGCGCCAUAGAAAGCGACGCAGGCCGAGACAUGGAAGAGUAUCUGCGGAGGGUCCAGAGCAGAGUCGGGGCAGGUCCAUCCGAGGGUCCUGUCCAUGCUGUUUUAGGUGGACCAGAGCCUGAUGUUAACACUGUGGCUGCAACCCUGUGCUUAGCACUGCACCUCAGCCAGAGGAAGUCCUCAGAAGGAGUGUGUGUGCCAGUGCUGUGCAGGAAGCGCGGUGGCACCGUGUUGCCUGACGAGACGGUGAGAUAUCUGCAGAGGGUGAAAGUUAGUGAGAGCCUGCUGCUCUGGAAGGAGGACGUAGACCUUGUGAGUCUUCAUCGUUCUGGGAAACUUUUGCUCACGCUCCUGAGGGAUGGACUGCUCGACAGCUCUGAGCGCAGCACUCUGGAGUCCAGCGUCCAGCACGUGGUCCACCGCCGUGGGCCACGGGGCGCGGAGGCUGAUGGGGCACUGUCCGCGCUGACGACCGUCGCCAGAGAGAUUCUUCAAGAGGCAGCGGAGCAGAGCAGAGCUGCGCUGGGGGAGGCUCUUGGAGAGGCCUUGCGACUGCAAAGAGAAGCCUUGUGGAUCGAACGCGGCUGUCGCUCCGACGAGCUGGAGGACCUCGUGAGAACCGUGGAGCAAUGGGCAGAAGGGAGGCAACAAGACUUAAUGCAGCUGCUGGCGACGGAGCUGAAGGAGUUUUCUGAUGGAGAGAUGACCAUCGCCCUCAUCUCACUGACCACUGAUAAAGAGGAUUGGCAGAAUUAUGUGGAGGGCCUGAAAUCCUUCUGUCAUCAGCACGGCUACGACGGACUUGUUGUUCUCUUGUCUAUCAGUGAUUCAGUUCAUCAUCCUCGCCAGCAGGUGGCAGUUUACUCAAACAACACAGAUAUGUUGAACCAGAUCUGUGCUGAGUUGGAGGAGUCCUCCAGCUGGGCUCUCUCUGGCGAACUGGAGGACACGGGCAGUCUCCAAGUCUACCACAUUCCAAUAAACACGUCUGAAUUCUCGGGAACUCUUCCUCUGUUAGAAGAAGAAAUACAGGACCUUCUUAAGAACUUUACUGACCGUCGGAGCUCGCUAUUAGCGUGCCACCCCAGCAGCAGGACUUCUUCCACAGAGGGAGUAGCCGGCAGCGUGGAGUUCUCCCAGGGGUCGUCCGGCAUCAACGACAUGGAUGGUUCUGACAUCGAAAGAGUUGAGGGAGGUAUCGGAAGUGUGGUGGCAGUAGCAAGGGUGAUGGGAGAGCGUGAAGAAGACACCGGAGGAGUUAAUGCUGGUGGGGAAAUAUUAAGUCCCGACAGCGGCAUGACCACCAUCCGCAGCAGUCGGUCCUCAAAAGAGAGCUCAGUGUUCCUGAGUGAUGACAGUCCUCUUGGUGAGAUCACAGCAAGUGGAGGUCCAGCAGCAGGACCAGGAGGACUGAGAAACCCAUCUCCCCUAAGCUUUUUAUCACUUUCUCCUCCCGUCCCACCUGAGAGGAGGAAGCACCGCUCUAACAGGAAUAGAAAUGACAACAUUAAUCUGUUUAAUUUUGACCCACUUCAUAGCAGCGACCAGCCUCUGCCAGCAGGAGGGGAGCUGGUAAAUUCUCAAGGUGGAGGAGAUGAAGGUGACAGAAGAGCUGGAAGCUCGAGUCUAUCAGAACUCGACGAGCUAAGCUUGAUAGAUUUCUCUGCUCCUAACUCAUUAGGAGGGCUUGAAAGUGGGCGGUCGUCGGUUGAUCACCAAGGCACAAUCCAUGGGAAUGAGAUGAUGGAGACGAUGGUUCCUCCAACUCCUGUCAAUAGCUUGGUAGGUAGUCGUCCACCAAGCAGCUGUGGUAUCAGGUUCUUCCCAGAAGAUGUCGUUGAAAGGAUCAAUGUCCUACAGCACAAAGACAGCAUGUCAUCGUCUUUAUCAGAGACCUGGGAUGAACUUUGCUUUGACACACACGGAACAAUGUCCUCGGCUGAUAAUACCUUAAAUCGGUCCAAAAGUUCAGGGAGCCCUCAAAUUAUUGAAUGUGAAACUACAAGAAAUGAUUCAUAUUUCACAGAAGGAGAUGGCAGAGACCAAAUUUCAAAGCCAGAGGCUGACCAUCAAAGGGUUAAGAGGCUUGAACCUCAGCUUAGUUUGGUUGCUGAUCAAACUGAAACAUGUGAGAACUGGAACCCAGGUAUUGUUCUCCAGGAUCAGUGGAAACCCGUGACUUUGGCCGAUCUUCAGUUAACACCCCCAGAAGAUGGAGUAACUGUAAAAAACAAAGCAGAAGAAGACAGAACGUCAUCUCUGAAAAAGCGGAAAACCAUCCUAAACCCUUYAACACCAGAUCCAUCUAAAGAAGAGGACGACAGUGUCCAAAGUAAAAAGGAAGACCAACAUUUGGAGCUGUUAGAUUUUUGGACAUACUCAGCCCAGCAGGGAUUGCUCAAGUUGGAUAGCGGAACCACCCCUUCUUACCCCGAGUCACUGGAUAUGUGGAAUAUGACAAUUAGGGAUGACAGUCUCUCACCUCUGACAACCCCUGACAAUCUGUCAGAAAACUAUGGUUCAUUCUAUGGGCUGAACCCCAAUAUUAAAAGAGACACCUCUGUAGAAAGUCCGCUAGGAUACUCAGAUGGUGGAAUGCAGAUGUGGAACACCACCAUCCAGGAGGACAGCUCUUCCCCCUUAACAACCCCCGAAGGGCCUGAAAAUCAAAAAGACCUUGGUCAUGAGGGAUCAUUGGAUGAUUCUCUUGAAACACAUCCAAGCAAACAGACAGAAGAAGAUAAAGUUUCAGAAGAUGAUAGUGGUAGUAAAGGUGAGAAUGAUGCACCUGAAGAGGUUGAAUGCAGAGGUAAUGAGCACAAAGUGAAAAUAGUCAUAGAGACAGUUGACAGUGAAACACAGGGUAAAGAAACGAGUAGUAAAGACAUUCAAUUUUCUCAGAGUAAGUAUUCAGAGGUACUUAGUGACUCUCCAUCCAAACAUUCAGAAGAUGAGACUUCACUUCACCAAAGUACUGCUCUGUGGGAAUUGCCCAUCCAUGGCAUGGUCACGUCCACCUCUGAAUAUGACAAUUUAGGACAUGGAGAGUGGAGUCAAAUGUCAUCCCCUGACAACUGUGCGAGCCCAGUAAUAGACAUGAUACAGUUAGAGGAGCAGUCCAGCCCUUUUAUAGCUGUGUCCAAACAUAUGCCGAGUGAUGAAAGGCAGAAUCUGAGCCAGAAUGCUGAUAUUCCUAAAAGGACGACUAUUUCAGAUAUAAACCAGACAGCAAACCAAGUGUUCCUAUUUGAUAAAGAGUUUGGUUCGCUGCCAAAAAGUGGAGAAAGUCCAGUUGACAUUAAGACCAAAAACACAAACACAGACGAAUCAGAGGAGGCUGACUGGAUGGCACAAUCCAGUGAGCAUUCUCCGUUUGUUCUGGUAGACACCUCGACUUUCGCUCUAGAUUCAGAAAGUCGCGGAGGAGCUGCUGAAAUCCAGACAAACCAUUCCAUAUCUCUAAGCUGUGACAAUUGGGACAGCCAUGUCUCAGAGAAACACAGUGACUCAGAGGCAGCUUUGUCAUUACAUUUACACUUGCCCAUCAAAAUACCCCACAGUGAAGAUGUGCCGGCUUUUGAAACCCAAGAGUGUGAUGGUAAAGAAAGCAAAAAAGACACGGAAGGGAAAAUAUCAGACAAUUUGUCUUUGAACUACAUCCCAGGAGGAAGAACAUCUAAUUCUGAUGAAAGUUUAUUUUCAGGAUUAGAAAUGGAAAACAUUGGGCCUGGCACAGUCAAAGAAGUCAACAGAGAGUGGUCUGUUAGACUCACACAGGAUGACAAGCAGGCAAAAGGAACAAGAAAAUCCAUGGAGACAUUCAGCAUACUGUCUUAUGCUGCCACAGUGUUAAAAACUCACGCCCAAACAGCACAUCAAGAUCACAUGGAGAAUACACAUCAAGAUAGUCAGCAACAGCUGGUGCCAGAAAUGAUCAGUCCGAGCCAAUCAAAAACUAACUCUGAAGCUUUCAGUCCAUCAGAUUGUAGACCAACAGAAGAAGAAGAGAACAAAACUGAGUCGAGCACUGUGGCCCGAAGUGUGUCUCCAUCGUUAAGAUACCCAUCGGAUCACUUUCUGAAAACCAGAGAGGAAGUUUAUGUACGCUCACAGAUCUCAAUGGAGGACUCAGACGAAGGUGGGGAGUCACCAUCUGCACCUCCGCCAAGUGCUACCUCCUUGGGCGACUUCCAAGUGUGGGGCAGUCAGUUAGUGAGGCAGGAAACAGAGUCUCCUGUUCUCACUAACAGUUCAGUCUCUCCCAGCAGCUCUCUGAUCGGCUCUCCUGCAAACGAGCUGUCCAUCUCCACUGACAAAAGACUCGGCUUGCCGUUUUCUGGAGAUUUAAUGGAAGAGGAGCAGGAUGAAGAUCUCGAUUCAGACCAAUCCACCCUGCCAAAAUGGACUCGAGAAGAACACGGAGAACKGGAAGAAAGACACGAGCUUGGAUCUUCUGACCUGCUGAGUUUUAGUGAGGACCUGAUUGCAGGUUCCUCAUUUCAACAAACAGAUUUACACACAUUUGAGUCAGAGGAGGACAAGUUUCUACUCAACAGGGAGGACUACUGUUCUCCACAACGUCUGAAGACAGAUAAAUGGUCUAUUGACAGAGAGAGUGGGGAUURCAAAGUUUCUGAAGAUGUUUAUUCACCUGUUUUAAGAAGACACCAAGAUGUAAUGUCCCAGCUGUCGUCUCAGCCAACCUGUGAAAAUGCUGCAUUCCAGUCGGCGGGAAGUCCGAACACAACUCAGGGUCAAACCAAGUACGGCUACAACUUCCACCACAUCGACCAAAGAACUGAAAACCAGAGCACCUCUCAAGCCUGCGCAGAAACCAAACCUGAGAAUCGGCAGCAGAACGCCACAGAAGUGUAUGCCGAGUUCACAACUGAUGCCUUAGCUAAACAUUUUGGAUCUAAACAAAGUGAGAACCAGUUUGAAACUGGAGUUGAUCACAGCCUGGACGAUGCACGGGGAAAUUGUCAGUAUGCAGCUGAAAGCUCCUAUGUGGAUGACUCGGCGUGCAUGUNCCAGUACUCUGAGCAUCGAGUCGAUGAACAGAGUCACUAUGAUGCAGGAUCUGUUCAUUAUCAGUAUGAUGGAGAACACUUCUACCAAUCAGAUUCUCAYCCCAAGACAGAAGACCAUGCACGAUAUGUGUCGGAGGAAUAUGUUCACUUUCACUUAUCAAGAAAUUCCCAGCAGGGAGUUGAUGCAGCAGGGAUGAUGGUGAUGAAGAUGGCCUCCUGUGAGGCAGCUGCUGAGGAGCUGGAUAACAGAGAAGACCCACCAUCUUCAGCAGAUACAUCAGGUGGAUCAAAUCAAAGGAGAAAGCUGUCAGCGCCACCAAUUAACCUGUCAUUGGAGCACAGUGAGGGGUCCCUUGCUUCUGAAGAUCCUCUGGACACAGAGGACGACGCCUUGGAUACUGGGGAUGACCUGGAUGUAAGUGUUGAUGGGAUUGACACGCCUGACGAGACCGAUUCUCUGGAGUUUAAUGGACACGCAGACUCAGAAGGGUCUAAUCUAGGUGAGGGAGCUGCAUCAGGCGGCGCCACAGCAGGUCGCCCGGCAGAAGAGAAAAAAGAAGACGAAAGACUGUGGCGGAGCGUAGUGAUUGGAGAGCAGGAGCACCGCAUUGAUAUGAAGUGCAUUGAGCCAUACAAAAGAGUCMUCUCUCACGGAGGUUACUAUGCUGAAAAAAAUGCUAUCAUCGUAUUCGCAGCGUGUUUCCUGCCAGACAGCGACUGUGACAACUAUAACUAUGUAAUGGAAAACCUUUUUCUAUAUGUAAUUAGUACUUUGGAGCUAAUGGUUGCAGAGGAUUAUAUGAUUGUGUACCUCAAUGGCGCCACUCCUCGUAGAAGAAUGCCUGGUUUUACCUGGAUGAAAAGGUGCUAUCAGAUGAUAGACCGAAGGUUGAAGAAGAACCUAAAGAUGUUCUUUAUUGUUCAUCCUUCCUGGUUUGUUCGGACUUUGCUGGGAAUCACCAGGCCCUUUAUAAGUUCAAAAUUCAGCAGUAAGAUAAAAUAUGUGAACAGCCUGAAGGAGCUCGGAGAACUAAUUCCAAUGGAGUAUGUCCACAUUCCUCCCAGCAUCAUUAAACUGGAUUUAGAAUUGCAGAAAACAUCAGCUAAGGUGGAUAAGGGGAAUUCAGCUGUUUGAGAAGACACCYGUUCUCUCCCCGCAUUUGGCCAUCCUCCCCACCGCAGCAUGCCUGAAAGCCUGCAGCAUGACACGUACGACACGUGGUUGUUUACAAAACACCGAGACGUAAAUCAGAAAUGAAGAUGCUGUACUGCGAGAAUCAGACAAUUGUGCGCUCAUCUGGAAGAGUUCCAAACCGAGGUGGCUCCACUGACGGCACCGUAAUGCUGUUUUUGAAUAGUCGAGACGGUCACUGUGCUAUGUUUACUGGUUUACAGUUAUUGACAUGUCACCUAAUUAGGUUCAUUUUUUUUUCAUCUUCAAUAUGGAUGCUUACUUGUGUGUAUUUAAUGUUUCCAAUUACUCCUUAUAAUGUUCAUGUAUUGAUAUUUAUUAAUAAUUGUGUAUUUUCUAAAGCGAGAGUAAAAACUUAACACUCAAACUAAAGUUGUUACAUCCCUAAAGUUACAUCCCAUCUGCUUCCAGAGUCUUGGACAUCAGUGAUAUUGUGCUGCAGUAGAACACUUUGAAGUCUGUUAGUAAAAUUUUCUCUAUUUAGACUGUAAUCUUGGUUGAUGAAGUUCCACUAAAAAGGUAUAAAAACAUUGUUUUCUAAAGAGCAAGCUGUUCUGAGAAGACUACAAAUCAUGAAAGUAUUUCAACAUCGUGUGAAUUAGCAAAAAAUCAAAGUUCUCGUUAGCUGAAGUAAGAAAUCAGAGACAUCCUUUCAAGUGGAUUUGUCCUUAUUUCAUCCAGCAUUCCAAAACUAUUGCAUGUUUUAUAGUAAUUUCCAUUCAAAAUACUCAGCUCUCAAAAACAAGAAUGUAGCAUUUACAAUGUAUCUUGUCAUGGUUGUGUGCGCACAGAUGAGAUGACUGUUAGGAUGAAAUACUUUGAUAGUGAUAGAAGUUUGGAGGUCGAGCCUUUUUUUUUUUUUUUGUUAUUUGUACGUGUCUGUGGCUGGCACAAAAUUCAUUCGUUGUAAACUACAUCAAAUUGUUUCUCAUUAAAAUGUUUUUCUUUCACA